UAUCAUUCAAGGGCACAGAUACAAAUACAGAUGUAGGUCUAUGUAUGAGGGAAAUGGAGAUAUGCAAAGGGAUACCGGUAGUCUUACUUUGACCCGCCAAGAACGGUGACGGCAAUUAUAAUUUCAUAACCUACAAAAGAAGAAAAGUAUCCUGACAUUAAACAUGGGAAUCUUUCUACAAGUUAAAUAUCACAGUACAUUGUGACUACCUGGUUUCGCAACUCAACUCUCUCUUGAUUGUUUAAGUUUGGUUAUCUCUGAAAGUCAGCUGGUCGAAAUAUACUACGGUCUUGUGGAGAUAGUGGACGGCAAUGCAAAAACAGACGUGUCCAAUCGAAAAGAGCCGGGAAUGUUCUGCGGAGAAAGUGAGCAACCACAAACCUUCAUGUCGGAGACCUCCUUCGUAAAGGUGCUUUUUCAUGUGGAAAACUUCACCGACCAAACGUACUUCAGCUUCGAUACGCGAGCUGAGCAGCAGCUGGUGGUGUACCUGCGCUAUGGUCAGCAUCCAGAGUUGUAUCCCAAUAGGAGAGGAGAGGUUGUUCAGGGAUCAUACUGCGAAAGGAUAUUCAGAGAUUGUCGACUGCAGACUUGUUAUGUCCAAUCGCCUGCCUAUCCAGGAGUCUAUCCUAGGAACCUGCAUUGUAGAUACUAUCUCAACACUAGGCUGCCUUUUAUCAAGCUCUACAUAGAAAACGAAGAGUUUAACAUCGAUGGACAACGAUGUGAAAACAUCAUGACAUGCCCUAUGCGACCUAUAUCUUCAGGUCAGGAGAAUUGUCCGUACGACUACAUAAAAAUCUACGACGGCAAGAACGAGUUCAGUCCCGUAAUAGGGACGUUCUGCGGAAUGGGGAAGUUCCCGUACUCCAUUAUAGGCACAUCGCAGGACCUCUUCGUUGAGUUCGUAUCGUCUCCAGCCGGACCGCUAUUGAACACGGGCUUCCACUUCAAUGUAGGCAACUGGCCGGGUCACGUGGACACCGCGGGAAGCAGAAACGGUACAUGUGAUUGGCUAUUAUCUUCAGAGAGUCUGAGGGCAUCAGGGGACUCAGAAGGCAUUUUUCUAUCUGUUGCACACUGGUACCCUCCACAUACCAGUUGUACGUAUCUCAUGCAAGCAGAGGAAGGGGAAGUUGUGAGACUGUACUUUCCAAGUUUCAGGAUAAACCGAAUUGAAUCCCCGAUUCAGCCUAUCGAAGGUGACUGUGGUGAAUCUCUGACCCUGUACGAUGCAUCGUGGCCAGACGAUUCCAAGAUUAUCAAAACCUUCUGUGAUACAUUUUCCAAGGCGAUGGAAAAACACGAUUUCGUUUCAACUGGAAGCGCUCUUUUUGUCAGGUUUGAGAGCAAGACUGGAAGCUACAGUGGUUCAUCGCUAUACUACUGGGCGCACUACGACUUUUUCAAUAACACGAAACUUGGCGAAGCGGUUCCAGGGAAACCAUGUGACGAAGUGUUUGCAUCCUGGAGGCAAACGAGGGGUUGGGUUCGAUCCCCCUUGAACACCCUUGUCUACAAACACACACAUACGGGGGAGGAUGUCACUUGUUUGUACAGAUUCGUCACCGAUAAAAGACUGUUUGCUAGGGUUAUUCUGACUGUGACAGGUGUAUAUUUCAAGGAUCAUCCAUAUCAACACGGUUCCUGUACCAAUUGCCUGGAAGACCGUGUGGACAAGCUAGUGAUCUGGGAGCCCUUACCACCAGGUGCCAACUCAUCUCAUCCACCAAUUUCGCUCAACAAAGCUGCUCAAACUGGUGAAGUCACCUGUAUAUGCAACAGACAAUCUUACUCUACACAGGUGGUUUCCAGAGGCGAACAGUUGAACCUUCAAAUGAUCGUAGACAGUGCCCACAGCGCUGUUAGUUACUUCAAGCACAAUCAGCCAUUGUUUGAAGCGACUUACGAGUUUGUCCAUGGCCCACUCUGUGGUCCUGCCAUCAUACAACCCAUCACUGACGGAGAAAUACAUUAUCCUUAUUAUGAGGCUAUUGGAUAUGUCGAACCACCAAAAUCUAUAAGGUGUAUAUGGGAAAUCAAAGUGAACAGGGACAGAGACUUUUGGCUACACUUCGAUCGAAUAAAGUUUGCAUCUAAAUCUUGUGACGAUGGUGUCAUAGACAUUUUCCUAAAGGGUCGCCCGGACCCGUACUUAUCACUAUGUGGAGAAAAUGUGACACUAGCGAAAGAGUUACCUAUACUCUCAUCGGCAGAGCUCAGUCCAGAUAGCAGUGAUCCUAGUAUAACGAUACAAUUUAUUGGAAGGACGUCUCCAACGCGUGCCGCCUUCAAGAUCGCCUGGACAGAGAUGUUCCACUUACCUCGCAACGUGGACGCUGGAGGAGGAGGAGUUAGUAGCGGACAGCUGACGUCAUCACGCCUCACGGAGGGCGGGCCCCAAGAAGACCAGCCCUCAGGAGACGGAUGCGAGUUCGCAUGUCCUGGGGAUCGCGGACUGUGCAUACCCGCCAGGCUGGUGUGCAACGGGGUGGUCAACUGCCCUAACGUGUCGCACUAUCGAGGUAGUGCGUUUAGCGACGAAUCCCCCGAGUUGUGCGUGAAAGAAGCGGUGCCAGAAGUGAACUGGAUGUACGUCGGCGCAGCCGCAGUGUCAUUGUUGGUGUUGUUCUGUUGUUGUUGCGUGUGCGCGUGCAAACGCUGUUGUAAAUACUGCUUUAGAGACGACUAGGCCGCGGUGAAUCCCCGCAAGCGUCAUCGGGAGUGAUCGCGCGGUUCCGAUAAGCAGUGUUGCCAUUCUUACGCUAUUUCGGUAAUGGCGUCACGUUGACCCUAGGGCACUAUGAAACUAUCGGUAAACUCAGCACAAAUACAAAUAACUGCCGAGUUCGCUUGCAUUUUAUAGUGCCCUAUCAACUUGUCUGUCACAUAUUAUUAAAUAGAUCACUUAUACAGUUAGAAAUAGUGCCGUUAUAUAUUCACGAAUUAUGAAAUCCAGUUUGCAAUUGCUUCAUCCAUUAUGUAAUUAGGUCACCAUUACUGAAAUGCGUAAAAACGACGUAACUGCUUCUUUGACGAAGUGAGUUACAUGAUUACCUCAGUACAAUCAACAAAUUCUGCCAUUUGUCUAUCUGUAAGCCUCGAAUAGAAAAUGUUGCCAUUAUUCAUUUUAGAGACAAACCACUGUCUAGUUGUACACUAUUUUCUGUCAAGUGUCUAAUCCCCUGAAAUGUGUAGAGACACGAUAUGUGCGUGUACUGUGUGUAAUCAGUAAGAGUUUCGUGUACGGAGAUCUUGACACAACCAUGUUCAAUUGAAAAGCCUUACUGAACUUUUAACUACCCUUUAGUGUAAUGAAUUCGCGCAAUGUUUGAAAAGUCAGUGACGUAUUUCUGCACGUCAUUCAAUAUUUUUCCAAGAUGUUAUACUAAUGAUGUAAUCUUCCCAUAGUAGCCAGCAACUUUAUAGUUUUUGUACAUCGUAAGUUCAAGGCAAUGCCGUUUUCUUUGCUGUUUUUUAUCUGAACUUUAUUCUCAGUAUUAUCCAUUGCUAGACACGAUCGUAACUGUCAUUUAUUGGACCUAUCGUGUCACAAGUCACCGUAAAUACCAUCAGCACAUUUUAUAGGUCUAAAAUAUAUCCGGUCUUCAGGAUCUCCCAAAGUUCUAAUUAUGGAUAAUUGUUACUGAAAAUGGAGUAUCUAGCUAGGAUUAGGCAGUUGCCCUUUAUCCAGUUGUUGUAAUUCAGAAACAACUAAAAGCGCAUGAUGUGAUAUUAAUACGUAAAAUUGAACGUUAUCAUAUACGCCUAGGCUGUAAGUCUUUACGUAGAUGAGUACUCUCUGAUUUUUCAAAAUGCCUCCUAAAAAAAGACUUAAAAAUAAACGCAUGUUGAAAAUGCACCACCAGUGGUAUUUUUAAGGACACUAUAAAAUCCCCUCUAAAGUAGGUUUUUAGGUGAAUUUAAUAUCUAUAACCCAGUGAUUUUAGGCAGGAAGUAAUCAAAUGGUUGAAAAGUUCGUCGAUAGCUGGUUGACUAAUUGUAAGAUCUGCACGAAGAUCUUCUGAAAUACUGAAUUCUGAUUCAAUGAUUUAGAGCAGUAUUUAAUACAAAAAAUUAGCUAACUGCGACUGAUUCAUUCUUUGAAGUCUAAAAUUAUUGGUGUAUUAUUAUUUCGGGUAUUUUCUAAGAAUGCACAUUUUUUACCGGGAGUUAGCCGAUAAAAGCGAUCAUGUUCUAAAAAAUAUGUUAUUUAAAGCCAAAAUAAGAGAUUGUACAUUUUGAUUUUACCCCAUGUACAUAGUUGUGUAAUUUUCACUAAUGUGAUAAAUAAAUCGUAUUGUUUUAAA